ACCUAAAUGACAUGUUUAUUAUAUAAAUCUGACAAUUAUUGCAACAAAGUAAAUGUUACUCUUUGUAUAGACAACAAAGGAUCCAUUGUGAAAGAUAUUUUCAUUAUAUGUUCUCCUCUUUUAUAUUUUGCCAAGAUCCUUUCAGUACUGCACAUUCCCAAAUAUACAUCCAACCGUUCAUCACAUAUUUCAUUCAACAUUAAAGUGAUAUUGAACCUUUAUCUAACAUUGAAUCUUUCAAAAGGAACCCUGAACAAUACAUUGUUUUAUCUUCCAAUUAAACUAUUUCCAUAAAUUAAUGUGUGUGGCUUAUCAUAUCCUCCAGUGUCCUUUUCUGAAUAAUUACAUUACAUUUAAUGUAGGUGUUUUCUGUCAUGUCAACUGAACAAUCUGUAUGUCUGGGAGAUAUGUGUUUUACUUGGGACGUUUUCUGAAUCCUGAAUUAAAAAAGAUAAAGACUUGCACGACGCCAUGUCUCUCCACAUUACAUGAUGUGUUCAUGUUAAUAUGUCCGAGUUGUUUACAUUACUAUAGUUCUUCUCACUCAGUGCUGUCCAGCCUCUCUCUCUUCCCUCAGCAGACUCCACCAGCCUGUCUCCUCUCACGACCCGUCCCUACUACACCCAUAAUUCCCCGCGCCAGGACAAGAUGGAUGAAAGCAGCGACCGCCGGAGAACAAUGUUUUGGCAAUAAACCCCCAAAGCGGCGAAUACGGAGAGAAUACAGGCACGUUUUAACCAACUGCGGUCAUGUGUAGGAAACCCUUCUCCUGCAUUCUUCUUUAGACCUAUUGCCCUUCUUCUUCCCUGCACAAAGCAACACCUCCACCAUGAGUAUUAUCCAAGACAAAUUAGGCAAUGAGUUUUUGCGCAAUGGUGGCAUGGAUCCCAAUUUUGCACCAGGUAUGCUUAUGUUCAGCCACCUGCCGCCGGUCACCAGCUUUACGCGGCUCCCCACCCAGUCGGUUAUGGGCGAGCUUCCUCAGGAGAUGAUCCUGAAGAAAGAACGUGACUCGCCACCAGACCACCAGGGCCAUUUGAACACAGGGGGCUUCCUCCACAGUAUGGGAAUUAAGCAGGAGCGACUAAGCGAGCUGGAUUACCGCAUGCCCCUCUACAGUGGGGGUGGAGGAGUAGGGGUAAACUGUGCUGGAGGGGGCGCGGGGAAAAGUAAUAAUGACAUGCCGGACAUGUCUUUCGGCAACCAUCACCACCAAAAUCACCAGAAUAUGCUCCUUCAUGACCUCAGCCUCAGCAACGUCCGUUCCCUUGGAGAACAGAUGCCUGUAAGACUGGGUAAAGAGCCAAAAGAGUCUGCAGGUAGAAGAGGACGAAGGAACAACGGGGACGGGCAAGGAGGCAAGGCAAGAAGGAAACGCAACGAUGCUAAGGCCAUGAUGUUGGAUGGAGAAGGAGCCUGCAUGUCCCCCAACUCAAAACCACAUAUCUGUGAGCACUGUAACGCGGCCUUUCGCAGCUCCUACCACUUACGCAGACAUGUGCUCAUACACACAGAUCGCACAGGUGAGAGGCCUUUCCGGUGCAGUCAGUGUAACAUGAGCUUCAUCCAGAAAUAUCUUCUCCAGCGGCACGAGAAGAUCCACAGUGGAGAGAAGCCUUUUAGCUGUGACCAGUGUAACAUGCGCUUUAUCCAGAAGUACCAUAUGGAGCGACACAAAAGGACACACAGUGGCGAGAAGCCAUAUCGCUGCGAUACAUGUCAACAAUUUUUCUCAAGAACAGACCGGUUACUGAAGCACAAACGGACUUGUGGAGAAGCCAUAAAGAAGGGCCUGGACCCGAGCAUGCUGGAGCUCAGCGAUGCGGAGCUAGGCCAGGGCAGCUAUUCACUCACUCAGGGAAACUCAACCACCUCCGGACGCAAGAGGGCCAAGUCCAAAAACGGGGAGGGCGGCAAGCGGAAGAAGAACGCCUCGGCAUCAGCAGCUUCUUCCUCUGGGGGGAUGAGUAUGCAGGACUUCGACAUGGAGCACCCCUCGGGCUCCGACCCCAACAUGCAGGGACGUACUCCUAAAUUGGUCUUUAAAAAAGCAGGCCGCAAGGACCUGGACAAGGGCCUCCUCGCUCUGGAAGACACCGCCGACGGACAGAAGCGGUUGGGGCAGAAGCACGACUCCAUGGAUCACGUGGAGGUUUCGGGCCUCGAUAACAUGGGUCUGCUCCAGGGGCCCGGGCUCAACAAGCAGGGGCCCACCACCAGCAGCAACUACGAUGAUGCAAUGCAGUUUGUGAAAAAGCGGCGCUACCUCCAAGCUGUAAACAAUGACUAUGGAGCCGGCUCACUGCACAUGGCAUCCCAGGGCAACAGCGUCAUCCACGGCUCCCUGGGGCCCGAGCCCACGCUGGCCAUGCUGGACACCUCGCCUCUGGAUCUCAAGCACGACAAGUCAGGCAUUCCCGACGAGGUGCUGCAAACCCUGCUCGAGCAUUAUAGCCAUAAGCCAGAGGGGCAACACCACCACGACGUGACUUUCGACUUGUCGGACCACCCGCACCACGUCGACCUCCAGCCGGCGGCCCCCGUCACCCCUGAGCUGGAGGACGACUCCCCCAACGGUGGCGACAAGCAUGCAGUGAUGAGCGAGUACUCGAAGUUCCUCCUGCAGGCCCUGGAGCGCACCAGCCACAGCGGGCCCUUCCCCAGCCUUGGCCAAACUGGGCCCUUCCCACUCCUGUCCAGCAGCUCCAGCCCCACGGGGCCCCUCUUCUCAGACAAACACGGGUACGCCACAUCUCCGCUGGACUGUGGCUACCCGCCUUCUGUGUCCUCCCCGCUUCCCAUCGUCGCCCCUUCGUCAAACUCCUCGUCGUCGUCCUCCAAGUCCCACUACGGCAUGCUGGUCAGCUCCCCCUCCCAGGCGGGCUACCACCUCAGCUUGGAGCCCACCAGCCACCAGCAGCUGACCCCCUCUCAGGAGCUGACAGAGCAGCUGGAGAAGCAGCACUCCCCGGGCACCUUCAACCUACCUCCCCAGGACCUGACUGCCUCGGCAGACGGAUCCAAGGGGCCGCAGCCCAAGUCCGGAGUGGGCAUUGCACCCACCAACGGCUCCAGCUAUCCAGACCUGUCCCCACUGAACACCCCAAAAGAAACCAUGUACCAGAUCGAGAACUUCGCCCAGGCCUUUGGCUCCCAGUUCAAGUCAGGGCGGCGGACCCCUCUGGGCUACGGCAGCGAUCCUGGGGUGGAGGUGGACCACCGAAUACGGACUCCAGUGUCAGAAUUCUCAGGGUAUACCAGUUUGUUAGCUGACGUCGGCGAGCCAGUGAGUACAGGAUCAAAAACCCAGACAAGCCAAAGUUUCAGAUAAGGGUCAAACGAGGUGAAUCCAGCAGGGGGCUCCUGUUACUGUCCACGCAGCCCCCACACCCAUCCUAAUUUUUGUUUUUUAAACACUGCCAUUAAUUGUUAAUACAAAAUGACCAGGGAGGGUCUUUCAUGGCCUCAAAUGCAAUUUUUUUUAAAUAUUCUCAUUUUUAUUAUGUAUUUAGUCGCUUCAUUUUUGUUUAAGAGUAGUGAUUUUGAUAUGAACGUACCGUAGAUUUAAAUGUAAUUUAAAACAUUUAGAGGGUAGCUAUAAACUUGCAUCUUUUUUUUUUGGAAACCCUUGUGUUUUACCAAUCAUACCAUUGUAAAGUAAUAAUGGCUAAUGUUGAUAAUUUCAAUAAUAACAUGUGUGGCAGGGAAAGGCCCAGAAUUCAAAUUGCAAAAAAAGUAUAUAUUGUCUGUUACAAGAAACAUAUUAACUCAGGAAAAAUAGUCAAAUUUGUGUAAUAAGACUUUGUAUUAUGAGAUGCAAUUAGCACAGUUUUUACAGGUGUACUUUGAGACUACAAAGCUUUGAUUUUUUGUUUCUUUUUUACUCGUCGGAACAACAAAUUACAAUACAUGAUGUUUGGUUUCUACUGCGUGUAGCUUUGUUGAGAUUAUGAUACUGUUGUGUCAAUGUGAAGACAUCCACAUUUCUUUUGAGAGCCACAUGUGUACACGAGGUAGUAUGAAUUGUAGUGGAGUUCAGCACACAGCAUCUUUAAGGUAACUUGUCAGCUUUAGGCGUCGGUUAAUGAAUCUCGUCUAACCGCAUACUUCUCUAGUUGUGCCUGCUUUGGCCAGUAGAAAAGAAGAAGCUUAGACUAAAUUCAUCCCAUUGCUGGAGAUCUUUUCCUCAUGCUGUUGCUGUAGUCGUCACUUUCUGCUCCACUCUUGCUGUUCCUUUUUUGUGUAAAUGGAAUCAAACAAGCACUUUUUAAAAACAAAUCAUCAUUGGAAGCAACAACAACCCAUUCAAUUUGCAGAUGUGAUACGUGAUUAUUAUGCUAAUGAUUAUUAUUAUUAUUUUAAGAGGAGAAAACUGUGAACGGGAUUGGGGGGUGGGAGGGAGGGAGUAUUUGAAUAGGGGUUGAGUAGGCAUGGGCAUCUAAAUGUAUUUUGUUGCUUUUUUCUUACGGUCUGUCGGGUGAUGUUGUAAAAAGAUUUGCCAUAACUUUGUUAUACAAUAUUUUGAGAGUACCUCUUUGUAUUUAAGUGUUUUGAGAGACGGGCUGACAUGCUGGAACCCCAAACCCCUUUUUAUUUAUUCUCCACUAGCCACAACAGAACUCGGUAGCAGAUAUUUUUGGCAAGUAAUCCCAUUACCUCUUACCUCCUUUUCCCCCCCCUCGACUAUUUCUUAAUGAUGUUUUUAACCCCACUGUGGUAGUAGCUGCAAGAAACUGCUUCAAUGAUACAGUUGAGAAACACAAACGGUAACUUAUUCCCCCCUCCCCUUUCCCAAAAUGCAGCCCUGCACUCACAAGAAUAAACAAUGGCCUUCUUUGUCUUACGUGGCUAAAGCCAUUCUAUCCCGGCAGCCAGGGUUGAUAUUUAAUUUAGUUGAUUUCCUGUGAGCCGAACCCCCCCCUUCUCCCCUUUUCCUUUUCCUAUGUCUGUGAGCUCCACAGCCAAGAGACUUUGAAGCUGCUCAGAUCACAGGGAACAAAGACUGACCAGCCACCUCACUCCAAACAAACACUAUGCUUUCUAAAGGAGAAAAAAAAAGAGUGGGUGAGAGACGGAGAAGAAAAAAAGACGAUACGAUUGACCUAAAUAUACCUCAUAUCACUAAAGCGCAAGAAAGCAGGGACACACGUUUCAUGUAUGUAGUGGAAAUAUUUGUAGUAUAGGUUCGACAUAUUGUAUACUCAUUUUAACACUGCCUGUGUUUACAAAUAUAGAGCAAAUGACUCGUCAAAAUGCAAAUGUAUUUUUCUUUUUCUGUAAAAACAUCCACGCCAAGCAGUGUUGCAUUCUAGAUGCCUCAUAGAACAUUCAUUUCUCUCGUUAUAUCCCUUAUUUUUGUUACUUGCCAUAAUGUGUUUUGAUAUGAUCUCUAGAAGGAUAUUGUUUACAGAAAUGUACAAAAACACUACAAAUGUGUGUUCUCAUUUUGUUUUGAGUUUUUCUCCAGUAUGCAUGAUAAAGACAUUUUUCUAUGGCUUUUUUUCUGACUCACCUCAAUACCAAAUGUUGUAGCAGAGGCCUCCCCAUCCCCUUUGUCUUAUUUGUUCUAGAACCCAUGUGAUAUGAUUUCCCAGGCUGUACCUGUUAUUGAGAUGAACGGAUUAGAGAAGCCAAUAAAACUUUUUGUUACAAAAAAAGAAGA